UUUUCAAUUUUCAGUGGUUUUUUUGACGUUGAUAAUCUAACUCGUUACCUAGCUCUUCAAGAUUUCCUCAAUGUAGUGUUUAGGUUUUCAAAAUGUCUAUAAUAUAAGUAGGUAAAUAGAAUAAACAUCUUGUACAAUCUUAAAUGACGCCCACGAAGACCACUACAACUGAAGUAGAAAUGGUGAUACGGAAUAGAAAAACUGUUAUGAAAGACGGGAUUAUGACAAUGUCGGGCAUCGGUGAACCUUCUGUUGUGCACGCUCUGGUGGUGAUAUUUUUGGAAUUCUUCGCGUGGGGCCUGUUGACUAUGCCGAUUAUAUCAGUAUUAAACGCCACUUUCCCGGAUCACACGUUUUUAAUGAACGGCCUCAUCAUGGGCAUCAAAGGAAUUCUAUCGUUUUUGUCAGCGCCUCUGAUUGGCGCUCUAUCGGACGUGUGGGGAAGGAAGUUUUUCCUGCUAGUGACCGUGUUCUUCACCUGUGCACCGAUUCCGCUCAUGACAAUAAACACUUGGUGGUUCUUUGCUAUGAUAAGCAUAAGUGGAGUGUUCGCCGUGACCUUCUCGAUCGUUUUCGCGUACGUGGCUGAUGUGACUACCGAGGCUGAGCGAUCUCGGGCCUACGGGCUCGUUUCCGCGACAUUCGCAGCCAGCAUGGUGAUAUCGCCUGCCCUGGGCGCGUACCUGAUGAGUAUCUACGGAGAAGCGCUCGUCGUGGUCGCAGCCACUGCCGUCGCGGUGCUCGACGUAUUCUUUAUCAUGGUGGCAGUUCCUGAAAGUCUCCCUGAGAAAGUUCGACCGAGCGGCUGGGGGCCUGCUAUCAGCUGGGAGCAGGCUGACCCAUUUGCCGCUCUGCGAAAAGUAGGCGCAGAACGUACAGUGCUUAUGUUGUGUGUUGCAGUGUUCUUAUCGUAUUUGCCUGAGGCAGGACAGUACUCUUGCAUAUUUGUGUACUUGAAACUCGUGAUGGGUUUUGGUGUGGUGCAAGUGGCGAUAUUCAUUGCAAUUGUGGGUGUUCUCAGUAUUGCUGUGCAAGUAGUGUUAGGUUUUCUAAUGAAAUCCCUCGGAGCUAAGCACACUAUAAUGGUUGGACUAUUGUUUGAAAUGCUACAGCUGAUGUGGUAUGGCUUUGGAAGUAAACCAUGGAUGAUGUGGGCCGCUGGAGUUUUGGCAGCUCUGGGCUCCCUCACCUACCCAGCUAUCAGUGCCUAUGUGUCUGUAAACAGUCGGGCAGACAGGCAAGGAGUUGUGCAAGGCAUGGUGACUGGUGUGCGAGGCCUAUGCAAUGGUCUCGGGCCAGCCAUGUUUGGAGUGAUAUUCUAUCUAUUCCAUGUAGAUUUGAAUGAAGAUCAUGCUGUACAAGGAGUUGAGGGUCGACCUGUUGAAGAUAAAUAUGUGAGAAUUGUGCCAGGCCCACCAUUUGUGCUGGGAGCCCUAUUGGUAAUCUGUGCUCUGCUUGUGGCUGCAUUUUUGCCAGAAGACAAUGUGGUGAAUGCCCGGCGAACCUCUCCGGACCUACGAUUCGAGAUCGAGCACGGCCGCCGCGUCGCCGGCCCCCUGUCGCCGUUGAUGGCUCCAGAGUCUGCGGCUCUCUAGCUAGCGGCCAAAACUGGCCGAGCGGCCAGUGUGUGAACUCCAAAGCUGUUAGCCAGCGUGGCAGUGAGGCAUUUAGAAGGUACCAAAGCAAACUCAGUGAAAUGCGAGUCUGUUCUAUAAACUGACAUUCCUAUCCAUCAUCUGUUAAGUUCCGCUUCGUUACUGUUAAUGUUUUUUAAAACUUUUUACCUGUUUUUGUAAUUCUCUCUGGCUCUUGAGGGCAUGUACAUAUUAUAUAAAAUAAAUAUUUUAAAAUCAUUGUACAA